GCCUGCGGAAGUGGCCUCGGCCGGCGCGGUCCGCGCUCCGCCCGCGCUCCGGCUCCGGCCCUGCGGCCCCGGCCCCGCGCCUCCCCUCAGCGCUGCCCUCCCCGCCUGCCCUCCGCCCGGCGCGCUCCCCCGGCGGCGCGGCGCUCCCCUCCCAGCCCUCGCGCCCGCGCUCGCCCUCAGCGCGGCCCCCGCCAUGACGGAGGCGGGUGCCGGUGCCGCCGCCGUCGCAGGGGGGGAGUCGGGCUCCCAGAAAGUAGCUUGAUGAGUGUCCAAAGUAGCAGUGGAAGUUUGGAGGGGCCGCCAUCUUGGUCCCGGCUCUCCACGUCUCCAACCCCGGGCUCGGCGGCGGCGGCCAGGUCCCUGCUGAAUCACACGCCGCCAUCCGGGAGGCCCAGGGAAGGUGCAAUGGAUGAGCUUCACAGUCUGGAUCCAAGAAGGCAAGAGUUAUUGGAAGCGAGAUUUACUGGAGUUGCGACUGGGAGCACUGGGAGCACUGGGAGUUGCAGUGUUGGAGCGAAAGCCUCAACAAAUAAUGAAAGUUCUAAUCACAGCUUUGGAAGCUUAGGAUCUUUAAGUGACAAAGAAUCAGAGACACCAGAGAAGAAACAAUCUGAGUCAUCCAGGGGAAGAAAGAGAAAAGCAGAAAGUCAGAAUGAAAGUAGUCAGGGAAAAAGUAUUGGGGGACGUGGCCACAAGAUUAGCGACUAUUUUGAAUACCAGGGUGGAAAUGGCUCAAGUCCGGUAAGAGGCAUCCCUCCUGCAAUCCGUUCUCCGCAGAACUCACACUCACAUUCCACUCCUUCCUCAUCUGUUCGACCUAAUAGCCCUUCUCCUACUGCAUUAGCUUUUGGGGACCACCCUGUUACACAACCAAAGCAGUUAUCCUUUAAGAUCGCUCAGACUGAUCUUACAAUGCUGAAAUUGGCAGCAUUAGAAAGUAAUAAAAACCAGGACCUGGAAAAGAAGGAAGGUCGAAUAGAUGAUUUGCUCAGGGCCAACUGUGAUCUCAGGCGGCAAAUAGAUGAUCAACAAAAAUUACUUGAAAAAUACAAAGAACGAUUAAAUAAGUGCAUAUCAAUGAGUAAGAAACUUCUUAUUGAGAAGAGUACACAAGAAAAAUUGUCAAGCAGAGAAAAGAGUAUGCAAGAUCGGCUUCGCCUUGGGCACUUUACAACAGUCAGACACGGCGCUUCCUUCACUGAGCAGUGGACAGAUGGUUUUGCUUUUCAGAAUCUUGUGAAACAACAAGAAUGGGUAAAUCAACAAAGGGAAGAUAUUGAACGGCAAAGGAAACUUCUCGCCAAACGCAAACCUCCCACAGCUAAUAAUUCUCAGGCACCUGCUACCAAUUCUGAACCAAAACAGAGAAAAAACAAGGCAGUCAAUGGAGCAGAAAAUGAUCCCUUUGUUAGGCCAAAUUUACCACAACUGCUGACUCUGGCAGAAUAUCAUGAACAAGAGGAAAUUUUCAAGCUUAGACUAGGACAUCUCAAAAAGGAAGAAGCUGAAAUCCAGGCAGAACUGGAGCGCUUGGAAAGAGUCAGGAAUCUUCACAUACGAGAGCUCAAGAGAAUAAACAACGAGGAUAAUUCACAGUUCAAAGAUCAUCCAACGUUAAAUGAAAGAUAUUUAUUGCUUCAUCUUCUUGGAAGAGGUGGUUUCAGUGAGGUGUAUAAGGCUUUUGACUUGUAUGAGCAAAGAUACGCUGCUGUGAAGAUCCACCAGCUUAAUAAAAGCUGGAGAGACGAAAAAAAAGAAAACUACCACAAACAUGCCUGCAGAGAGUAUCGAAUACACAAGGAACUGGAUCACCCCAGAAUAGUUAAACUCUAUGAUUACUUCUCCUUGGAUACAGAUACGUUUUGUACUGUGCUGGAGUACUGUGAAGGCAAUGACUUGGACUUCUACCUGAAGCAGCACAAAUUGAUGUCUGAGAAAGAAGCUCGGUCUAUUGUGAUGCAGAUAGUGAAUGCCCUACGAUAUCUCAAUGAGAUCAAGCCUCCUAUUAUACAUUAUGACCUUAAGCCAGGAAAUAUCCUUCUGGUAGAUGGAACGGCAUGUGGAGAAAUCAAAAUCACUGAUUUUGGUCUGUCCAAGAUCAUGGACGAUGAUAGCUAUGGUGUGGACGGAAUGGACCUGACUUCCCAGGGGGCAGGCACUUACUGGUAUUUACCUCCUGAGUGCUUUGUAGUUGGAAAGGAGCCACCAAAGAUUUCCAACAAGGUUGAUGUGUGGUCGGUUGGAGUCAUCUUCUUUCAGUGUCUCUAUGGUAGAAAACCAUUUGGUCACAAUCAAUCUCAACAAGACAUUCUCCAGGAAAACACAAUACUAAAAGCCACAGACGUCCAGUUCCCUGUAAAACCAGUUGUAAGCAGUGAAGCCAAGGCCUUUAUAAGACGCUGUUUGGCUUACCGAAAAGAAGAUCGAUUUGAUGUGCACCAGCUGGCAAAUGAUCCCUACCUUCUCCCACACAUGAGAAGAUCCAAUUCUUCAGGAAACCUGCACAUGUCUGGGCUGACAGCAACUCCUGCACCUCCUUCUUCAAGUGUAAUCACGUACUGACCCUCCUUCAAGAUUGGCAUGAUCUCUGAUUGGCUUCCAGAUGCAUACUUGAAUUUGAGUGUUGUGGUUUUUUUACACAGGACAUGGGUAAGAGUUUCUGUGAGCUAAAGCUCUCCCUGGAGUCCAUGUGAGGGUGGAUCAUGGACAGUGACUCAGUCACACUCCUCCCUCUGCCCUGGAGCAGCAUGAAACAGGAAUACCAUGUUACCGCAGAAGAAGAGGGGACACUGUAAAUAACGUUUAUAAUACCUAAAUAUAUUUGAUUGUUACCAGAGAGUUCUAAUAUGAAGGGUAGUUUUUCAUUAUUUAAGAACACAUGGAAAAUUAUGAGACAUUUCUAACACGGGAGCUACAGUGCCUGGUACAGCGUCAGCACUCGGCAGCUGAUCUGCAGAAACCAAAGCAAGAACUGAGCGACAGCGGCCGUGGUGUUUUAUAGUAGAAUGUGAGAGUUAGGGUCUUUGGACAGUCGUAGACUUUGUCGUUUGCCUAUUCUGACUUUUACCAAGUUGUACCUCAAAUCACAUGUCCGUUCCCCCACCGCUUGUGUUACAAGGGAGCUGUCGUUUCUGGACACUUCACACCGUUAACACAAAGAGCUGCCUAUCUUCAAUCAGUUGCAGUCACUAGAUGAUAGCAUUCCUAGGGCUUUCAGUGUUUUAGAACUAACAGGCAUUUUUCUUUUGUUUCCAGGCCUCGUUCAUUAAAACGGGAGACAGUGUGUAACCAAAAGCAGGCCAGUUCUAUGCAGGAUAAUGAUAAAUUCCCUUCUGGCUCUAUUGUAAAUUACUGUACAGAUGUCCUAUUACAAUUACUGAGUUUCAGCAGCUUAUUCUUGUACAAAUGUUUAAAAAUACGGCUUUUCUAAUUGGAUAUUGUAUUUUUUUUAAGUCUUCUUGAAGGCGCUUUAAUUGCUGCUAAAUGAUAUUGCUUUUUUGCUAAAAAAAAUUUGAAUGACCUCCUUGAAGGCACAAGUUGACUGUACAUCAUGGAGAGAUAUUAAAAGCAGGCAUUCAUUAACAAUCAAGGCAUGUAAAAUGAUCCAUGUUGGGCAUAUUGAGUUCUUUACAUCAGUUUUUUAGGUUCUAGGGCUGUGGAGCACAUAGAUACUAGAUUUAUAAAUCGUUCAUGGUUAUUCUACAUUCUAGAAAGUUCUUAGCAUCAAGGUGGGAUGAUGGUCCCAUAGAAUGUUUCUUGUGGUUUGUACAGAUUUGUUAAAAUGUGAACAUUUUCUGACUGCCUUGUGUGGUAGAAACCAAUAUUUUGGGGGAUGCUGUAUUUCAUUCUUGUACGGAUUCUUUUUUCUUUAUUGUCACAGUCAUAAUGCUGAGACUUACCGUAAGUUGUCCAUGGUGCAGAAAACAGGCUCUCCCUGCCAGACAGCCCUUAACAUGUACAGUUAAACUGUGGCUCUUACCUGAUGUUGCAAGCCAUUUUGUUUGUUUGUUUGUGUUUUUUUUUUUUCAUUGUACAUAGACACUUUGUCUGUUUAAGAUGCUGCUGGACUUACAGAGAAUGUAGCCAAACAGUAAUAAACAGUGACAGUUAAAAUGUAAAGACUGUGAAGAUUACAUUCAAAGAGCUUUCUAGAUGGAGGUUCCUAACAGAUCUUUACUUUAAAAGCAGAUGGCUAAAUUCCUUAAGCAUACUCCAGACAAGUGUGAAGUGUUUCAAGCUGUUAACGUUAGGCCUAAUAGCCUUCCUCAGGGCUAAUCCUGUGAGCUCCUCGGGUCAUCGGGAGAGCUUUCAGGGCAGCUCCUAUUUAGAUUAGGGUAGAAACCCUGAAGGACGUUGAUGUGGUCACCACAUGCUGGCACUCAGUGAUUGCUUACAGUCACUGCCCACACGGAAAUUCAUGAUCUGAGUGAAAAUGCCCAGCUUUGUUUAACAUUUUGGAGUGGUGAACUUGGCCAAGCUGUGCCAAUGAGUCACUGAUUGCCCCACAUUUGUGAAUGAAUGAGAACAACUGCGAAGGUCAGCUUCUUAGAGGCUGAGGCAGGGGGAUGAUGAGUUUGGCCAGCCUGGCUCUGGAAAAGGACAAGGACACAUCUCACAAACACAGGCCAGGGAGAAAGGAGGAAAAGAAGCCAUAAAAUGAAAUUGCUUCCUUGAGUUCAGCUGAAGUGGAUUAUUUCAGAAUCAAGAGUGUGUCUAUUGGGGUGGGUGGUGGACCACCAAGCCUGAAGAUCUGAGUGCUGGGAGGAGAGAAUGCAAAACAGCACACUAUAGUGUGCUGCUCCCUCACAGGUACACACACACACACUAAGCGAAUGUUUAUAAAAAUUCAAAUAAGAGUGUAUCAAAUGAAUCAAUUUAUUCAUGUCUUCUAAAGCUUUUCCAAACGUGGAUUUAAAUAGCCUACCAGUAUUUGGGCCACAUGAACCAGUAUCACUUUCACAAGAAACUGGUGCUUUUUGCUAAAUAAUUUCCAUGUUGCUCUGGCAGCUUCAGCUUCUGUGUCCUGAGGCAUUGAUUCCUUGGAAGUAGCUGUACAGGUUGGGGUGUGGUUCACUGGUAGAGUGCUGUACUUAGCUCAUGUAGGUUCAGUUCCCAGCCAAAAUAAUAACAAUAAUAAUAAGUACAUUAGCUUUCAUAAACAUGUGGACAUUGAGAGGAAGUACAGAAGCUACCAUGCUGACAUGUAUGUUGGGGGCGAGAGACGUGUGCUUGUUUUUUUUCUGGCUAUGCCCCCUUUCCCUACAAAAAAACUUGAGUUUAAAUGUGAACAAAUGUUUGUGCAAAUACCUCAUUACAGGAAGCCAAAACGGUGGGAUCUCAACAAGACAUCACUGUAUUGUCCCGCUUUGAUGUUUGUCUUGACCUAUUAAAUACACUGUUGAUUACUAUUAUGCUACCAGA